AUGACGCAAGCCAGCAGCAGCAGCACCAGCAGCCCUCGACUUGCCCACAGGAAGUGCAAAUGCAACACCAUGAACGCAAAUCUGUCGCUUAUUGCAGCGUUUAUCAAUUUUAUCGUCAUUUGUUUUGCAGACAGUCUCAGUCCCGAGAUGCAGAUAUACUGGGAGAACCACAUGGUCCAGCCGUACUUCGAUAACACGAGCAAGCGGGAGGUGACGGCCAUCGCCGGACAAACCUGCCAGCUGCACUGUCGUGUGAAAAGCCUCGGCGACCGGGCGGUUUCCUGGAUUCGCAAGCGUGACCUGCACAUCCUGACAGUCGGCAUCCUAACCUACACCAACGAUCAGCGGUUCCAGUCGCUGCACGUGGACGGUAGCGACGAGUGGACGCUCCGCAUCACGUCCCCGCAGGCGCGCGACUCGGGCGUCUACGAGUGUCAGGUAUCGACGGAGCCCAAAAUCAGUCAAGCGUUUCGGGUCAACGUUGUCGUAUCGAAGGCAAACAUCCUGGGCAACGCGGAACUGUUCGUCAAGAGCGGCAGCGACAUCAACCUGACCUGCGUCGCAUUACAGUCACCCCAGCCGCCGUCGUUUAUCUACUGGUACAAAGGUGGCCGCGUGAUCAACUACUCCCAACGAGGCGGCAUCAGCGUCCUGACGGAGCAGCAAACCCGCACCAGCCGGCUGCUCAUAGCCCGGGCGUCUCCGGCCGACUCCGGCAACUAUACCUGCGCUCCGAGCAAUUCCGACUCGGCCAGUGUCGUGGUGCACGUCAUCAAAGGAGAGCAUCCGGCGGCCAUGCAGCACGGAAUAAACGGCGCUAACGUGGACUAUUCAUCAACAUAUAUAGUUGCAGCGAUAUUAGCGGCGUGCAUCCAGCUUCUGCGGACCUCGGCGUCGGGGUCGGCGUCAGCUGCGGUACGGCCAGUCCGAUAG